AUGACGCGGGCUUUCCUCUUCACAGCGCUUGCCGCCCUUGGUGCUUGGGCCACAUCGAGGAAUGCCACGGCCGCAUGUUCAGAGGAGGAGGUGGGGGCUCUCUUGCAGAUGAAUCCGACGGUGCCCUUGGCUCAGAACCUGAGCAUCCUGGAUUUCCUGGAAGAGUUGACCCGCGCUUCUGUGCCCAACGAGCUUACUGCGCUGCGGCGUCGCUUCGUCGAGUACUACAGGGAGGCUGGCUCUGAGAUCACGCGGAGCGCACCCACUGACCUAGGGCAAGUGGUUGACUGCGUGCCAUUCCUCAAGCAGCCUGCACUGCUCUGGGCAACAAGGGAGGAGAAGCAUGAGGCGCUAGAGCUCUGGGCAGAGUCCGAAGAGUUCGAGGACCAGAACAUGGAGUACUACGGCUGCGCACGGGACGAGAUCCCGCUCCCACGUCCCAGCUUGCACGCGCUCCGCCUGGGCCUGGUGCAGGAGUUCCGGAAGACGGGAAGCCCCACCGGAGGGCUGUGGCCGGCCACCGGUAGCCGCCCGCAGCUGUCUCUGCUGCAGAGCGAGGGUCAUGACUGCAGGACGAUCAAGCCGCCACACCCCGGCCCACCCAACUACACCUACUCCACCAGCCCGAUCUGCAAGACGCACGACAGCCACCAGGCCUUUACCAUCCUAGAGGUCGGUGGAUCCUUGCCAGUGCCAGAGGUGCCAACUUCCGGCGGACACACUCUCAACCAAAUGUGGUGGAAGGGUCUACCCCCUCAGUCAGAGCUCCCGGUCAGUAUGGAAGCAGGCUGGCUGGCCAGCGACCCAGAUGGUGGUGGAACUGUUGGGACUCGGCUCUUCGUCUACUCGACGCCGAACGCGUACCUGCCGAAAGAUGACUGUGAAGGCGGCAACCACUACGAUCACUGGGGGGGUUUCGUCCACUACCCCGGUACCCCUGCCCUGGGUGUGUACAGCACCAAAGAGGUGCGGUCGGUCUUCAUCUACCAGACGGUUGGACCUAGUCAAGGCGUCCCGGAGCGAGUGGAGUUCUACCUCGCACCUCUUGACACGAACUACCGAAAAACUGGCCGCGUGGAAAGCAAGCAGCUUGUGGGCUACUGGCCACGGAGGCACUACUGCCAUGGCUUCCCGAACCAUGAGGACCUCCUCCUCUACACAGGGCUUGAGGUGUACGUUCCGUCACAGUGUCCCGGAACGCCGCGCACGGCCUCUGGCCGGAUCCUGGGAUGGGGCACUCACUGGAACCACGACCAUCCCCACCUGUCUUACCCCAUGGUGAAGGGCGCUGGCAAGGAGGCGGUCUUCCUGGCAACUUCAAUGCAGGACCCACGCGUGCGACGGCGCUCCGAACGGGCCGACGGCGUCAUGUGGCCAUAA